AACCUUCUGUGGGGCGUCCCUUUAAAGGAAUAACCAACAAAGGUACAGCUGCACUCACAGACCCACAGACCUCACUCACAAGGUUAUGGUAUAGAACCUGACAGAAGAAACAAUCAAUGACCUCGACGGUGAAUGAAGUCUUCUCAGGAAAUGGAUCUCGUGAAUAUAAAUCAGCAAUCUGUUCAUCUGAAUGAUACGAACGCCAACAAAGAUAAAGACCCAGACUGCAGAAAUGAUGCUGAGACAGAAGAGGAACCUUUGCUCCGAGAAAACCACAGACGGUUUGUCGUCUUCCCCAUCCAGUACCCCGACAUCUGGAAGAUGUACAAGCAGGCACAGGCCUCAUUCUGGACGGUGGAGGAGGUCGACCUUUCCAAAGAUUUGGUACACUGGGACCGUUUGAAACCAGAGGAGAAACACUUCAUCUCUCAUGUGCUUGCCUUCUUUGCUGCCAGUGAUGGCAUUGUAAAUGAGAACCUGGUGCAAAGGUUCUGCCAGGAGGUGCAGGUCCCUGAAGCUCGCUCCUUCUACAGCUUCCAGAUCCUCAUAGAGACUGUUCAUUCAGAGAUGUACAGCAUGCUCAUCAACACUUACAUCAGAGACCUGAAGGAAAGGGACUACUUAUUCAAUGCCAUUCAGACUAUGCCUUGUGUGAAGAGAAAAGCAGACUGGGCCCUCCAGUGGAUAAACGACAGUCAAUCCCCAUUUGGGGAGCGGAUUGUGGCCUUUGCAGCAGUGGAGGGCAUCUUCUUCUCCGGCUCAUUCGCUGCUAUCUAUUGGCUCAAGAAGAGAGGACUAAUGCCAGGCCUUACUUACUCCAACGAGCUGAUUAGCAGGGAUGAGGGCUUGCACUGUAACUUUGCCUGCCUGCUGUACAGCUACCUCAACAAGAAGCCAUCAGAGGAUCGUGUGAAGGACAUAAUCACCAAAGCUGUCAGCAUCGAGCAGGAGUUUCUGACAGAAGCCUUGCCGGUCGAUCUCAUUGGAAUCAACUGCUGUCUGAUGAGGCAGUACAUUGAGUUUGUGGCUGACCGGCUUCUCGCAGACCUUGGUCUGGCCAAGGUCUACCUAGCAGAAAAUCCAUUUGACUUCAUGGAAUCUAUCUCACUGGAGGGGAAAACAAACUUCUUUGAGAAACGCGUUGCAGAGUAUCAGCGAUUUGGCGUUAUGUCAAGCAUGGUAGACGGCGAAUUCACUCUGGAUGCAGACUUCUAAAUCUGAGAUUUACUACUGUUACAUAUUUGUUUACCUAAUUUUCUUGUUUUAAAUUAUUUACAAAAAAAGUUCAAAUAUGGCUACUAUACUAUAAUAGUACAGUAGUAUAAUAACAGGUUAAAGCAGCUCUUUUAUGGAACAAUGUACAAAUGUUAAUACAGUUUGAGUUUCUCUGCAGUCAGUAUAGCCUGCACAGUGUUAGAGGACGAAACAGAUACCCUCAAGAAGCACUAUUAAUAGCUAUUCAUGACUCCUACAAACUGAAGGAUUGGUACGUGGUCUAGGUUUUGGGUAAACAAUAAGUGGAAUGGUAGAGGUGAUAAUUAUGUAUAUCAUGGGUCUGAAGAUGAUUAAGAUAAAUAUGAUAUUUUAUUGAGCCAGCAGUACUGGCUACCUGGUUUUUUUUUUU